AUGAAGAGACAUUCAAUUUUGAUGAAGGUGCCCUGGAUAACAAAUGGCCAUCCAGGAGCGGUGACAUCGAUAGUUGAUGUAAUUUACGAGGCCUAUCGCCAUGACAUCAAGCGUGGAUGUAUCAGGACCUUGACAGAAAAUCAUGUCAUCUGGUUCCUGGAGGACACUGCCACAGUUUUUGACAAACUAAGAAGCAAGCCAGUUAAUCGCUCUUUUCCAGAUAUAUCAAGAGCUACAAAUGGAAUCUCAGUCAUAUUGAGCAAAAUUACAGAAGGAAGUAUUCCAUUUGAUAUCAAUGAUGCAAGCAUCAAGUUCUGUUACCAGAAAGGUUGGAUUCACAGGGUAGCUCUGGAUGGUGGUGAUAUUGCAGUUCUGCCAUCACGCUUACAUGAAAAUGCAUCACAACCCAGACCUGUGAAAGCCCAAUACCAAGACGAAUUCUACAGGGGAUUUGUCCAUGUAGCAGGGCAAGGUGUACCAAUAUCCAGUGAAUGGUCAAGGACCAAGGAUGGUCGAGUGGAUUUCUAUAUCCCUGAAAAGAAAUGGGCAGUUGAAUUGUUGAGAGAUCAUGGAGAAGUCGAUGAACAUAUCUCUCAAUCAAGUCAGGUGGAAAGUAUCAUCCCUGGCUGGAGGAGAAGAUGA